AUAUAAUUUUGUUCAAAGUAAUUUUUUUCUAACAAGACAAAUCGGUUUUCGAAUUUAGUUUUCAUAGUAGAGUGGUUGGACCGAUUUAAAAUGCAAUGGUUCAACCAUAGAUCACCAUAGAUUAGUUUGACAACCCUUUCCUUGUGGAAGAGUUGUGUAUAACGUUUCAUUCGUAACCUAUUCUAACCUAAUCACAAUAGUGUGAUUAUUAAUUGUAUUUACAGUGGUUUAAACUUCAUUAAAUGCUCAAAAUAUGAAGGUAAAAGUUUUAACAAGAAAUCCAGAUGAGUACUUGAGAGAAACAAAGCGUGAUAUUCAUAAACUUCCCAGGAAUUUUGAUCCUGCAUUACAUCCGUUCGAUGCAGCAAGAGAAUACACUAGGGCCUUAAACGCAGUAAAGUUAGAAAGAGUAUUUGCAAAACCCUUUGUUGGAAGCUUGGAGGGACAUAAAGAUGGUGUUUCUUGUUUGUGUAAACAUCCUUCACAAUUAUCAAUAGUUAUUAGUGGAUCUUUUGAUGGAGAAGUUAGAGUAUGGAAUCUUACUCAAAAACAAUGUGUACGUAACAUUUUGGCACAUGAUGGUAUAAUACGAGGGAUAACAUAUGGAGUAGAUGAGAAGCAAUUUAUUACUGUUGGUGACGAUAAAACAAUUAAAAUAUGGAAAUCACAAAACCCACAAUUUGGUGAGGAAGAAGAGCCUGUAAAUACUAUCAUCAGUAAAACUAUAAUAACAGGAAUUUCUCAUCAUCGGAUGCAACCAAUAUUCGCAACAUGUGGUGAAGUGUGUCACUUGUGGGACGAAACUAGGAAUGAACCAACCCGUACAUUCAAAUGGGGUGUUGAUAGCUUAUAUGAUAUUAAAUAUAAUCCUGUUCAAUCAAAUUUAUUUGCUGCCUGUGCAAGUGAUCGAAGUAUAAUCUUAUAUGAUGCCAGAGACACUGGUCCCUUGCGUAAAGUAUACAUGAGAUUAAGAUCAAACAAAUUGUCUUGGAAUCCCAUGGAAGCAGUCACCUUUACAUGUGCCAAUGAAGAUUACAACUUGUACACAUAUGAUAUUCGUAAAUUGAAGACACCUGUAAAUGUACAUAAGGAUCAUGUGGAAGCUGUAGUAGAUGUUGAUUAUGCGCCAACUGGUAGAGAAUUUGUGUCUGGUAGUUAUGAUAAAUCUAUUCGCAUUUUCGAAGUUCACAAGGGUCAUUCUCGAGAAGUGUAUCACACGAAACGUAUGCAAAGAUUAACCUGUGUUGCGUGGUCUCUCGACAAUAAAUAUGUAUUGAGCGGUAGCGAUGAAAUGAAUAUUCGCGUUUGGAAAGCAAAGGCUGCAGAAAAACUUGGUGUUCUGAAACCUAGAGAAAAAGCAGCUUUAAACUAUAAUGAAGCUCUGAAAGCGAAGUUUGCUGCACAUCCUCAAGUUAAACGAAUUGCUCGGCAUAGACAGGUUCCGAAACACAUUUACAACGCAAAAGCCGAAUUGCGUACAAUUAACGAGAAAAGUAAACGGAAGGAGGCCAAUAGACGUGCUCAUUCUAAACCUGGUUCAGUACCUUUCGUACCUGAAAGAGCAAAACACGUUCAUCGACGAGAUUUUUAAUAUAGGAUUAUUAACUAUAUCACAAUUCUAUACGGAUUUAAUAAAAGAUAUAACAAAUUUUACCGUAUUAAAUCAGUAUGGAGUUUUCUUUAAACAGGAUAGAUAAAUCUAUCCUCUGAGAAAUGAAAAGUUUUCAUUAAUUAAAUCUAUCAUACUUACCAGUUUAUAUGUCAGUGUGUGCAUCAGAUUAAAUUACGCUGUUUCAUUCACUGUUUAUUGUAAUAAAUAAUUUUAUUGAAAUUAUACAACGCAUUGCUAUAAUGAUUCGUAAAACGUUACAAAUUUGAAGCAGUGAUUAAUGUCUCGCUUAGCGUAGCUUACAAUGAUUUAUUAAUUUCCACUUAUUUUCUUUGCAUAUUUACCUUAUCAGACGUUAAUCAAUUUGAUGAUAUAAAGAUUAUCCUGUACCUCGCUUUUGAUGUCGGAGGUAUAACGAAUGUUCGUAAAUUAUUGAAAUUAUAGCGAAUCCCUGUCUUUCUCGAAAAUAGUAAUAAGCGAUUUAUGUUUUUGUAACUUCGCUUCAUCUACACCUUCAAAGUCUAUACGGUACAUAUUACACUUCCGGUUGAUUUAAAUAAAUGAAUGCGAAACACGUUUUUCUUUUAAUAUAUAAAUCUUAAUACGAUAGAGAGUGUUGCUUGUUUAAUUUAAUACCAGAUAUUCGAACGUGGGUAAACUUCUUAUUAAAAUAUUACUAUUUCAUUAUUUAUCGAUCACCAGCUGUCUCAUCUGUGUUGCUUUGUAGGAUAAAUCGACGGUACUUUAGCCGCUCGUUAAAUCUGAUUCAAUGUGUCCAUAUCGUUCAAGAAGUACAAGUUUUGAGAAGUAGGUGUUUGUUUAAACUUUUAUAUUCUUGGGCAUAUAAAAACGGCACACAGUUUCCGGUUUUGUUCUUCAACAUCUGUUAAUACACACACAUGAUCAUACAUUUUGUUUUUUAUUCGAAUCUUUUCUUUUUCUUUAAUAUUCACUAUGCGCACAUAAACUCUGUACAAGACUAGUUUAGUCGUGUAAUUAAAUUACCACUGCAAGGUUA